UCUCGCUUUCUUUUUUUUUAAUUUUUCCGUAAAGUACAUUUUGAAGUUGGAGUAUUGAGACGUGAGUAAUCGAUUUUUAAUAAAGGAGUGGUCAAAAAGUAGAUAACUAGCCAAAAUUUGUUAUAGCUUCUCAAAGGAAGAGUUAAGUGAUAUACAUAUCCAAAAUGGCAUCUCCCGCACUUAAAGACCUUCCUAAAGUAGCUGAAAACUUGAAAAGUCAACUUGAGGGCUUUAACACUGAACAACUAAAGAACGCUAGCACACAUGAAAAAAUUGUACUCCCCACUGCGGAAGAUGUGGCUGCCGAGAAGACCCAGCAGUCUUUAAUUUCUGGAAUAGCUGCUUUUAAUCCAUCAAACUUGAAGCAUACUGAAACUAAUGAAAAAAAUCCUUUACCCGAUAAGGAAGUUGUCUCUGAAAUUAAGCUUAGACGUGAAGACAGCACUUUGAAUAUUAAAUACUACGAAGGUAGCCAAGAGAGUUCUGGAUGCAAGUGUAUGCUGAAAACACUGCUCAAUUGAAAAGGAAAAGGAGAAAAAUCAACUUAUUGCUGGUAUUGAAAAUUUUGAUUCUACAAAAUUAAAACACACCGAGACGUGCGAGAAAAACCCUCUGCCUACGAAGGAAGUUAUUGAAGAAGAAAAGAAAGCUUAAAAAACUUUAUAAAGCAUCCACUUAGUGUUUUUUUGAAUGCUAUACUUUUACUCAUUCCUAAUAUAUAAUAUUAAUGAAAGAGAUACUACUUUGAGAGAGGGAUUUUAUAAUUUUGCAUAUUUAUAAUAAACAUAAAAAAUAAUAUUUA